AUGACAGCUUCAACCACAGUGUUAAUAUGCCUGUUGUCUUACUUGUUUCUUUCCUUCUUCUUUACUUAUAACUAUGCAGCCGAUCAAAUUUACUAUUCGAAUCGUCCAACUUCACAAAUGACGAAACCUUUCGUAUAUCAAUUAGCAAGUGGUGCACCUGUUGCCCUCUCGAUCAAAUAUUUCGAUAACACAGGUGAUUACGACAAUGUAUACCACUUCAUCCCUGACAAUCCCUCAGCAAAAUCCAACUUUACAAUGCGUUUCUAUGUUGAUGGAUUUUCGAAUAUUGCUUGGAGUGCUUUAUUGACUAGUUUGGUAUCUGGAUGGAAUUCAGUGUCGAAAUGUGGAGUUUUAGUCAAGUCAAGCUUGUCUAGCUCUAGAGAAUCGACCACUUCACAAAAUUCCACAUUCUUUAAUACACCUCUUUCCAUUUCGAAUAGUGAUAAGUUUAAUUGUGUGGUUUCGGCUAAUUUUGCAAAAGCUGGAUUGUUUGAAGUGUUGGUUACUCCAAAAUCUAAUUAUGAAGAGGGUGUUUAUUUAUUUGAAUAUACUCCUGUGGCUGGUUUAACAGCUGAUCAAUCUUUAUUUCAGGCAGAAUUGGUCGUCUAUUCGAAAACCACCUUUACGAAACUUGUUGGAAAUCCGGUGGUUGAUCCAAACAGUUUAUUGGAAAUUCAGGUAGCUCAACCAAGUAUAAUUGAUCCAACUAAUCCACCAAAUCUCGAUAACGAAACUUCCACUUCUUACAUUCCAUUGAGAGAUAACUUUGGAAUGAAUGCUAUUGUUUCUUCUGCAGUUUCUAAUAAGAUGAAUUUGAUUUAUACAUGGCAAGUUAUGAGAGUUUACAAAUUGAACACUGCCAUAAUUGAUGUCAUGCCAAAAACUAACUAUCUCGGUAAAUCCAAUACUCUCCAAGCCAUGUAUCAACAAAACAGUUUAGGAUACUCCUCUCUCGUUUUAUCUCAAGAUAAAAUACUCUAUGCUGAUACAGCUUACAAGGUAGUGGCCUCAGUUUACUCCUCCUCUAAGACUCUCAUUGCUAGAAAGAUCAAAUACUUGAGAACGCCACUCGAUUUCUCUCCAGUCUUGUCAACUGUUGGAACUGUUUCACCAACCAUUGUCAAUUUCACUGAUCCACUCACUUUCAAAGUAACCUCUAAUUUCAAAUAUAGCGACAAUUCAGAUGCCACUAAUUUACAAUUUGCAUUUGGUUAUUUGGAUACUUCCCUAAUUAAGAGUUCUGAUGUCAUGAGCUUUAGUAAUUUGGACAAUGUUCCUUACUCGACCAUUAUGCAAGGAUUUGUGAGGGUGACUGAUUAUUCCACUUCCAAAAUUAUUUCUUCCUACCUUCCACCAAGUUAUGCUUUGGGAGAAAAUCAAAAAUCUUGGAAGACUCUUUUGUUUGUGAAGGAUUUAAGUUUUGGAAAUGUGAAAACUUAUGCUUUGAAUGGAGUUAUUGUGAAACCAGUGGCUCUCGAGGAGAUUUAUCGAUUUGUAUUACCUUCAGCAUUUAUGAGUGUUUCCAUUCCACAAUUGAAAGGAGUAGUUGGCUUCACAAGAAAAUCCUAUCAAAGCACUGCCAAUUCAACACUGAUUGACUUGGUUCAAAGACGUUUAUUUGCUGUCAUUCAGAACAAGUUGGCAACCAUGACUGAAAAUGAUACUGACAAGUUGGCAGAUCUUGCUAGAAUUCUCGAUAUUUGGGCAUACAAUGCAAAGAAAACUAUGGCGAAUAUGGUAAACACAGAUGGAGAUGCUAUUUUCACACUCUUGUACAAUUUCAUUUCCAUGAUUAAGAAAGAUGCCAAUCAAAACAAGUACACUGGUGAUGUCACUUCCAAACUUCCACUUGGAAUGAAGGAUGGUACUGUUUUGGAUAUACUGACCUCUCUGUUGUCUAGUUGGAUGAAAGUUUCUCAAUUCAAAUCGAAAACUGCAUCACUUGUGAAAAUGCUUUCGACUAGUAUUGUUGAUAGUAUUUCACCAAGUGAAGAAAGAAGAUAUUCAACUGAUUCUAUUGUAUUUUCUAUUAGAAAGGAUUAUGCUUCUAAUUUUAAUGGAACUACUUUAACAACUGAUUCUUCAUAUCAUUCAGUUGUCAUGCCAACUGUUUCAGUAUUCAAUUCAACGAAAGGUCUGUAUGGAACUGAAUUUGUAACCUAUUUGGAAAAUCCAAACAAUUCCACAUCAUCCAGUGGUGGAAACAUUACCAGUGAUGUAAUUUCCUUGAGAUGUAUCAAUCCAUCAGGUGAUUACUUCCCUCUUAGCGAAUUGACUGAUCCAAUUGUUUUGAAUUUCAACUUGUCCAUAGCCAACAUUUCAAAUCCAGAUUUAUUGGUCUGUAAAUAUUGGAAUGAAACUGUCAGUGAUUGGUUGUCCAAUGGUUGUACAAGAACUGCCCUUCUCACAUACGGUGAUUACUAUGUAGUUGAGUGUUCCUGUGAUCACACCACUCAAUUUGCAACAUUUGUUGAGUUUCCAACUUCAACUACCAAUUUAACUUUAGCACAAAAGCAAGCUUACUACAUUUUAUGGGGAUUUGAUAUUGGAAUUGGUGUCAUAUUUGUGAUUGUGAGCUUGAUAAUGUUAUUACUGAUUUGUAUCUUUAGAAAUUCACAACCUGUCAAGGCCAAGUACAUUGCUCCAUUUGUGGGAAUGACAAGUAUCUUUUUAGAAUCAUUGUUGAGCUAUGUUGUUAAGUCAUCGCUCAUGAUUGGUUUCACAGCAACCAACUCGACCAAUAUUUCAUUCUAUUUGAAUACUAUUACAUAUUGUUCUGCUGUUAUUAUUAGUGUGGCUUUCGCAGAAACAGGAGAAGAUUUGGCUUCUACAGAUCAUUUCCUCAAAGAGUUUGUACGAUUUUCCAUUGGAAGAAUUGUUCAAGAAUCACUCAAUUCAGACACCUCUAAGCAAAUUUUCACUUCUUCCAUCUAUACCAUAGUUACCUCGAGUUUUAUGGGUGCAAUUCUUCUAUUCUCACUUGUUGCAGUUUCCUUAAUAUUCAUAGUUGACUUGAUUUAUGCCUUUGCUGUUGAAUAUAGAAAACCAUACAUUGAUACAUCAGAGAUUUCAGGAACUCUUGUGGAAAUGAGUGAAUCUCAAAGCUCUUCUGCAUUCAGCACUGAUUCGAAUAGCAAUUCCAAGAAGAAAUUCAAAGAUUUGGAAAGCUUUAAAAAGGCAAAGGAUAUUACCAUGUCUUCCAUGUACAAAUUCUUUGUCCAAGAUGAUCCUUUAUUCUUCCGUUGUGAGAGUUUGCUUUUCAUUUUCUGUUUGGGAGUGUUAUUGAUCUCGUAUGUGUUUGGAAUUGUUGGAUUAGGUUUCUUUACACUCACUGGAAAGGCAUUGAGUACAAGUGAAAGCGCAUUCGAAACUUCACUCGUUAUGGAUAUCAUCAGAUUAGUUCUUUCAGUUGUGUACUUUGUCUUGUACAUUCUGGUCUUUGGAGAUUUGUCACUUUUGAUUUACAUUUUCAAAUAUAGAAAGUACAGAGUUUCGUCCACUUCAGGUUCCACAAGUUUUUCAUCUGAAUCUCGAUACGACAAUGAAUUACAAGAAAUUCUGAAUGACGGCUUAGCUUAUUCCUUAUUCGAAAAGUUCACAGUCAAGGAAUUCUCAAAGGAAAACCUCCUCUGUUACAAUUCCCUACAAGAACUCGAAGAUGAAAAACAAUUUUAUCAAAAAGAUUUGGAAAAUCAAGUGAAAAUGUUGGAAGAAAUCAUUGAAAAAUAUUUAACACAAACUAGUUCAUUUGAAGUUAACAUUCCUUCGAACACAAGAAAGAAUCUCAUUAAUUUGAUUAAAUCAAAGGAAGGUCUUACAAAGGAAAAUGUAAAAAAGUCGCUGGAAUCUUUGAAAUCUGAUAUUCUGGUCAACUUGACUGAUACCUUCUCAAGAUUUACUACUUCUCAAAGUUAUGAAUUUUGGACGCAAAUCAAGGAAGAAAAGGAAAGAUUGAUGGCAAGAAAUAAAAUGGUUUAA